AUGGCGAAGGGAGGAGAGGGCCCGGCGAUCGGCAUCGACCUGGGCACCACCUACUCGUGCGUGGGCGUGUGGCAGCACGACCGGGUGGAGAUCAUCGCCAAUGACCAGGGCAACCGCACCACGCCCUCCUACGUCGGCUUCACCGACACCGAGCGCCUCAUCGGCGACGCCGCCAAGAACCAGGUCGCCAUGAACCCCACCAACACCGUCUUCGAUGCCAAGCGGUUGAUCGGAAGGCGGUUCACCGACCCGUCCGUGCAGAGCGACAUGAAGCUGUGGCCGUUCAAGGUCAUCCCAGGCCCUGCUGACAAGCCGAUGAUCGUCGUCCAGUACAAGGGUGAGGAGAAGCAGUUCGCCGCCGAGGAGAUCUCCUCGAUGGUGCUCAUCAAGAUGAAGGAGAUCGGUGAGGCCUACCUCGGCACCACCAUCAAGAACGCUGUCGUCACGGUGCCGGCCUACUUCAACGACUCGCAGCGGCAGGCCACCAAGGACGCCGGGGUCAUUGCCGGCCUCAAUGUGAUGCGCAUCAUCAACGAGCCCACUGCCGCCGCCAUCGCCUACGGCCUGGACAAGAAGGCCAGCAGCUCCGGCGAGAAGAACGUGCUUAUCUUCGACCUUGGUGGCGGCACCUUCGACGUGUCGCUGCUCACCAUCGAGGAGGGCAUCUUCGAGGUGAAGGCCACCGCCGGCGACACCCACCUCGGCGGCGAGGACUUCGACAACCGCAUGGUGAACCACUUCGUCCAGGAGUUCAAGCGCAAGCACAAAAAGGACAUCAGCGGCAACCCUCGCGCGCUGCGCCGGCUGCGCACGGCCUGCGAGCGCGCCAAGCGCACCCUUUCGUCCACCGCGCAGACCACCAUCGAGAUCGACUCGCUGUACGAGGGCGUCGACUUCUACUCGACCAUCACCAGGGCCCGGUUCGAGGAGCUCAACAUGGACCUGUUCCGGAAGUGCAUGGAUCCCGUGGAGAAGUGCCUGCGCGACGCCAAGAUGGACAAGAGCACCGUGCACGACGUCGUGCUCGUCGGCGGCUCCACCCGCAUCCCCAAGGUGCAGCAGCUGCUCCAGGACUUCUUCAACGGCAAGGAGCUGUGCAAGAACAUCAACCCCGACGAGGCCGUGGCCUACGGCGCCGCCGUGCAGGCCGCCAUCCUCAGCGGCGAGGGCAACGAGAAGGUGCAGGACCUGCUCCUGCUCGACGUCACGCCGCUGUCCCUCGGCCUGGAGACCGCCGGCGGCGUGAUGACGACGCUCAUCCCGCGGAACACCACCAUCCCGACCAAGAAGGAGCAGAUAUUCUCCACCUACUCGGACAACCAGCCGGGCGUGCUGAUCCAGGUCUUCGAGGGCGAGCGCGCGCGGACCAAGGACAACAACCUGCUGGGCAAGUUCGAGCUGUCCGGCAUCCCCCCGGCCCCCCGCGGCGUGCCCCAGAUCACCGUCUGCUUCGACAUCGACGCCAACGGCAUCCUGAACGUGUCGGCCGAGGACAAGACCGCCGGCGUGAAGAACAAGAUCACCAUCACCAACGACAAGGGGCGGCUGAGCAAGGAGGACAUCGAGAAGAUGGUGCAGGAGGCGGAGCGGUACAAGGCCGAGGACGAGGAGCUGAAGAAGAAGGUGGAGGCCAAGAACGCGCUGGAGAACUACGCCUACAACAUGAGGAACACCGUCAAGGACGACAAGAUCGCGUCCAAGCUCCCGGCCGCCGACAAGAAGAAGAUCGAGGACGCCAUCGACGGCGCCAUCAGCUGGCUCGACACCAACCAGCUCGCGGAAGCGGACGAGUUCGAGGACAAGAUGAAGGAGCUGGAGGGCGUCUGCAAUCCUAUCAUCGCCAAGAUGUACCAGGGCGCAGGGCCGGACAUGGGUGGCAUGGGCGGUGCCGCCGGCAUGAAUGAGGAUGCGCCGGCCGGCGGAAGCGGUGCGGGGCCCAAGAUCGAGGAGGUCGAUUAA